UUUUAUUUUGUUAAUUAAUUAUAUAAAUAUGGAAAGCAGCUUUUUAAAUUUUUAAAAAUUAAGUGAAAAUUAUGUGAGUACAGAGUUUUCUGAGUAUUAUUAAAUUAAAAAAUUGCAGGUGUUUUUGCUAUGGCUUAAUAUUUUGACUUUUUCUUUCUAGCAUGUAAAUAAUGGGAAACAAGCUGAUUAAAAUACCAUCUAAAAUUGACUUGAUAUCAUCAACACAAGCAGAAUAUGAUUUCCUAAGAUAUAUUGAUCGUUUUCCAGCUUUAUACAGCACUCCUGUUUUACAAAAUGCUGUUUAUCGUUACGAGAACUAUUGGCUUCCUUUAGUUGCUGAGAAAUGUGAGUUUCUUCCUGCUCCAUUAGAUAUAGAAUGGGUGUGGCAUUGCCAUAUUUUAAAUCCAGUUGCAUAUGUGGAAGAUUGUCGGAGAAUUGUAAACACAGUUGUCGAUCACAAACCAAUGUUUCUUACCGAGUCUGCAAGACAAAAAUCGAAAGAGUAUUGGAAUAAUGCAUACCCUGGCAUACCAUAUGACAUCAACUUGAAUGACAGUUCUCCUCCAUUGUUAACAAAUGCACCAGUAAAAAGUUCUUAUGACAUUGUCAAAGCUGCUCAACAACAACGAUUCUUUAACUACAACACAUCGCUCCCACACUACCGAGAUAUAAAGUUUUUGACUGAAGCUGAGAAAAGGUAAGAAGAGUGCAAAAACAAGAAAGUUGUGGAAAAAGACUGGUAAACAAUAUGGAAUUCCAGGAACCAUGUAUAGGGGGCAACCGCCACUUCCUCUUAUGGAUAGUGUACCAAAUAGAUUUGCCAGCU